AUGAAUACUACUACUAUUACUACUACUACUACUAGUACUACUACUACUACUACCACUACUACUCCAUUUAUAUGGAAUCAAUUAAUGCAUUAUAUCACAAAUCAUAAACAACAACAAACCAUCAAUAAUGAUCAUAUGGAUACAAAUAUACUUAAUCAUUCUUAUUAUCCAUGUAUGAAUUCAAUAGGAAUUCUGUCAAAAGAUUCAUUAUCAUCAAUUGAUUAUGAUUAUGUAAAUAAUAAAGAACAAAUGAAUACUGCCACUAUGAUGACAAUGAUUAUGAAUUCAGACUUGAUGAUGUCAAUGUCUAAUACAAAACAAAAUACUGUGAAUAAUAAUCAACUAUUAACUUCACUUGCAUCAUCACCAAUCACACCGAAUACAACAUCUUCAUCAUUGUCACCAACGACUUCAGUUUAUCAUCAUCAUAAUCAUCAUCAGUAUUAUCAUCAAACAUCUCCAUCUUCUUCACCUCUUUCUCCUCUUCCAUCAUUUCAUCAUCAACAUCGUUAUCAUCAUAAUCAUAAUCAUUUACAUGUUAAACGUCCAAUGAAUGCAUUUAUGGUAUGGUCACGUGGUCAACGACGUAAAAUGGCUCAAGCUAAUCCAAAAAUGCAUAAUUCUGAAAUAAGUAAACGUUUAGGUAUUGAAUGGAAAUUAUUAACAGAUAAUGAAAAACGUCCAUUUAUUGAUGAAGCUAAACGUUUAAGAAUGAAUCAUAUGAAAGCAUAUCCAGAUUAUAAAUAUAGACCAAGAAGAAAACUAAAACAUUCAAGAAAACAAGAAAAAUUUACACUAUCACAACCAUCACUACCACUACCACAACCACCACCACCACCUAUUCAAGAUAUGACUUAUCAACUUUAUGGUACAACUCAUGGAUUAUCACAUUGUUCUUUAUUAAAUGGAUCAUUAAUUAAUCCAUCUCUAUUACCUUCAUUUCCAAUAUGUGAUGAUCAAAAAACAAUUCAUUUACUGAAUAAUUUAAGUAGUAUAUUCACGGAUCAAUAUAGUGAACAUACUACUGAUAGAUUGAAUACAUUGAAAAGUAUAGAAAGUAAUUCAUGUAUGACAAUUUCAAAACCUACUAAUGUAAUGGAUACAAAUCAUGGUAACUAUAGUUACAAUUGUGAACAACAACAACACCACCACCACCAUCACCGACAACACCACCACCACCAACAACAACAAUUAAUAUUAAAUAAAACAAAUUCAUUAGAAUUAAACAAACCAACAUUUAUGCUUUCACGUUUAUUAGAUAAAAUAAGUAAUAAUAUAGAGAAUAAUGAUUCAAUUAGAGAAGUGAUGACAACAUCCACAUCAACUAUGGAUAAUACCAUUGAUACAUUGAUUUAAUUCAUUGAAAACAAAUAAACAAACAUUAAAUGAAUAAUUCAUUGUUCAAUUAAACAGUGUUCGUUACAAAUGGAUAUAAAUUUUAUGAUGCAGUCUUAUAGACAUCAUUUCGAGUUUCCUGUCGUAUGUUUUCUAUUUCAUGUUUUCAAUCCUCCUCUUCCUCUUCCUCCUCCUCCUCCUACUACUACUAGUACUUCUUCGUCAUCCUCGCCAUCAUCAUCGUCAUCAUCUCGAUUAACCUUUUCAUCAGUAAAGCAAAGAUGAUCUACAAUUUCAUUUGUUGCUGAAAUCAAUCAUAUUUCCUUUUUAUAAUAACCUUUUUAACGAAAAAAAAUAUUGUUCAUUUAAAUGAUCAUUUCUGAUUAUACUACUUAUAUUACUUAUAUUGUUUACAAUAUAAUGUUAAC